CGAUUUUAACGGUGGAUGGGUUAGUGAUUUCAAAAAUGGGUUAGCGAUUUCAACCCUGAAUUUAACUGUUUCAACAGUCAAAGAUUUCAACAGUGAGUGGGUUUGGCAGCAAUUUCAUCG